UUGUUUUCUAUCGAUUUUAAUGUGAGGCUUCCUGGAGCACCGGCGGCUGAGUCAGUUUCGCAGAACGAAACCUUUUGGUUUUGAUUUGUCGUUAGUAAUUUAUUCAGUCAGACAUGAAUGUGAUUAAGACGACGAACGUUAGUGGAUCAGUUCACGAGAUGAGCCAUUUAUGGGGGGAGAUCGUAUGCUUUUCCCAUAUAUAACGUAGACUAGCUUAAGUUAGUGUCCUGUAAUCUGUUCAAUAAUUUGGACCAGUUCGUAUUAUGUAAAUAUCGCGAUCGAUAGUCAUUCAUCGUUGUUAAAGUUUCUGCUUGAGAAGACGUGCGUUUUGGUGUUUAAACUCCACGAGCGGUGCAGAUAUGGGAUAACAGCAGUAAUUAGAUUAAACGGCUUUAGACUCCAUUUUUGUAAACUAACUGUUUGCAUGUUGACAUGGAUCAGAGUCAAGAGAGUGGGAAUAUGGAGGAGGUGAGGAUAUGUGAUCCAUCCAUCCUUCCACAAUGUCUUGAUCAGAUAGAUGCUGCUUACUCAGAUAGUGACGUCCCAUCAGAAAACCAUUGUGUUAAUGAAGAUCACCGGAUGCCUUCAGACCCAGAGGGGCUCUUGGAGUCAGCAGACCCCACAUCAGUAGAGAUCUGCCAACAACAAGAGCUUUUAACAGAUAUGCAGAAGCUCCACACAGAUGAAGACCGCUCUCUGUGCGCCGGGGCUUCGGAGACUGAUUCUGGGAAAGCGUCUGAGGACUCUGCAUUAGCCGACAGUGGCCACGAUGACUCGGGUGAGUUUGUCGUAACCAUGUUAGCUCAGGGUAAGAUGGAGGAGCAGGGAAUUGGUAUGGAAGGAGCCUUGUCCUCUCUAUCUGAGACCGGCACACCUCCGGGACCUCCCUCGCACAGGAACGAGGAUGUGACGGCGGAGAGUUGGAGACAGCACAGGAAGCAUGUAUUUGUGCUGAGUGAGGCUGGGAAGCCCAUCUAUUCCCGAUAUGGAAGUGAGGAGGCCCUGUCCUCCACUAUGGGAGUGAUGAUGGCCUUGGUGUCCUUCGUUCAAAGUGGAGACAACAUCAUUCGCUCCGUUUACUCCGAUGAGCACACGGUUGUAUUCAUGCAGCGUGGUCCUCUGGUGCUGGUGUCCGUCUCCAGCAGCCGUCAGUCAGAGCAGCAGCUCUGUAACGAACUGCUCUACGUCUACAACCAGAUCGUCAGCAUGCUCACGCAGGCCAGCAUCACCCGCAUCUUCGAGCACAAGAAGAACUACGAUCUGCGUCGCCUGCUGGCCGGCUCGGAGAAGAUCCUCGAUGGCCUCCUUAACCUUGUGGACUCAGACCCCAGCCUCCUACUCUCCGCCGUGCACUGUCUCCCCUUGGCCUCAUCUCUCAGGGACUCGCUCAGUCAGAUUCUCCAGAAGGCCAUCACGCCUAACCUGGUCUUCUCAAUCCUCAUAGCCAAGAACCAGCUGCUCACCAUAGUGCAAGAGAAGAUGGUCAUCGACGAUGCCCGACUAGAGCCUGCUGACCUCCACCUGCUGCUGAACCUCAUCGGGGCCUCGUCUGCCUUCCAGGCUGGGGAGAUCUGGACGCCCAUCUGCCUGCCCAGUUUUAACCCUGACUGUUACUUUUAUGCGUACAUCUCGUAUCUGGACCCUCCUGAAUGUACUGUUUGUCUGGUUCUUCUCUCCACUGAUAAAGAGGCGUUUUAUUCUGUGGCCGAGUGUAAGAGAAAGAUCGAGGAGGCAAUGCAAACGCAGAAUGCACUCAGCUCCAUAGCUAAAGCACAUUCGUACAGCGUUAGUCAGGUGGGAGUGUCUGACCUCAGGCAUUUCAUGUACAAGCCUUUUGAUGUGCCCGACAACCAUCGCCAGCUAACACAGUUCACCAGCCCAGAGAUGGAAGCGCCGUACAGCAGUGAGGAGGAGCGGAUGAGACUCCUGGACCUGUACAGAGACAUGCAUGGCCGAAUCCACAGCACCUCACGCCCCCUCAAGCUUAUCUACCACGUGGCCGAACGUGAGACUCUGCUGGCCUGGGUCACGAGCAAAUUCGAGUUAUAUACAUGCUUCAGUCCCCUUGUCACGAAAACCUGUGCCAUCAAUGCCAUCACUAAACUGCUGCGCUGGAUCAAGAAGGAGGAAGACCGUCUGUUUAUCCGAUACCCUCCAAAAUACUCCACCACCCCUAACCCCAGUAAGAGCUCUAAAGGAGAUGCACAUUGACCAGACGGACCCGACGUG